CGAUCUGAUCGACUAGACCGCUAGACAUAGAUAAAUAUUUCACACAAGUAUUUUCUUUUGCUGUAAAUACUGUGAUUAUCGCUUUUAAUAUUGUUUGUUUAACAAUUGCUCUGUUCAAAUAACCAAUGUAAUUCUGCUCUCUUGCAGUUCUUGUGAGAGUACAAGAGUUCGCUCUCCCUCCCCCCCCCUCUACGUCACUAUCGAAAGUAAUGACUUUACUGAAAAUUUUGAAUUCAUUACACUAAGGCGGAACUGUGCAAACAUUUCAUAUUCGCAAUCAAAACAAAGACAACCAGUUAUUUUAGCAGCCGAAAGGAGAACACCGCAAAACCGCAGUGCAGAACGAGCAUCGGGGAAACAUGAUGAUUUCACAUUCAACGAGGCAAAUAUCUGCGAGUUUUGAAUGCAUCAUCUUAAUAAUACUCAAUGUUGUUGGAACACUGACUACAAGUGAAAACGGUGCCAUCGAAGUGCCGGGUGACAUCAUAAUAGGUGGUCUGUUUCCACUUCACAAGAAAAGUACCGAAAACGAAAAUGCCUGCGGAAAUUUCAGCGAGGUUCCGGGAUAUCAGUACAUGUCGGCGAUGCUGUUCGCGAUCGAGGAAGUGAAUAAUGACCCAGAUAUUUUACAAAAUAUAACCCUUGGAGCUCGGAUAUUAGACACGUGCCAAAGCAAAACCGUUGCAAAUGACGCAGCAAAGCAAUUCAUAAAAGUUACUCUGGAUCGCGAGAGUGAUCGCCAACUUGCUGGGGUUAUAGGAGCUCUGAGUAGCGGGGUUUCCGAGACGGUCGCAAACUUUCUACGAGUUUUUCAAAUACCACAGAUAAGCUACGCUUCCACGAGCAUAACCCUAAGUAAUAAAGACAUCUACAGCUAUUUCCUAAGGGUCGUUGCCCCGGACACGUUUCAAGCCCAAGCGAUGGUUGACAUCAUAAAGAAGUUCGGUUGGAACUACGUCGCGACUGUUAAUUCUCCAGGAACGUAUGGGACAAAAGGCAUGGAAGAAUUCUGGAAGGUUGCUGAAAGAAAUGGCAUCUGUAUUGACAUAAAAGAACGUUUCACUAGUUCAUUUCCUACAGUAGCUGACUACGAGGACACGAUUAAGAGGGUAUUCAAAAGAGCUGAGAAAAGUAAGGUGUCGGUAAUCGUGGUUUUUGGCACACAGACUGUAACACGACGUUUGCUAGAGGCUGCGCUGAAGUUCUCCUCACGUGCACCACGACAUUUCACGUGGAUAGGAAGCGACGGCUGGAGCAACCGACCCGACGUCGUUAAAACUGCAGAAGAGGCCGCCCUCGGAGCUUUGACAAUCACGGUCAGAACAGGAACAGUCCCGCAGAAGUUUAAAGAUCGGUUUUCUAGUUACAAUUUGACAAAUUAUCCACUGAAGAACAAAAGAUACUUUUACGAAUUCUGGGAGAAUCGAUUCCAGUGCAAGUUGACAGGACACAGCGGAUCGUGGUCUCGGUUGUACGACAGAAAUUGCUAUGGCAACGAGUCGCUGAAAAAUGUCGCCAUCGACUACAGUCCAGUAAGGGUCGCCAUCAAUGCAGUGAAAGCUUACGCCUUCGCCUUGGACAGCCUGCAAAAAGAACUCUGCCCUAAUCAGACGGGAGUUUGCCCGAAUAUGGCAAGGUUUGACCGCACAAGGCUUUUGGGACAUCUUAAGAAUGUAACAUUUUGGGAUCCGUUGGUGAACACAACUGUGAAGUUUGACAAGAAUUACGAGGUCUGUGGCAUGUACGACAUCACGAAUUUCAGAAAACAAGAUGGCGUUGGAAAAUACGUGCGCGUGGGGGCCUGGGACGGGGAGAUAGUCGACGGUCAAAUCAUUUCAAAGUUCGUACUAAAAAAAAAUAUAAUGUGGCUGAAGGGGGAGAGUAAAAAACCUGCUUCGUACUGCUCCGAAAACUGCCUUUCUGAUCAACCUAAAUUGCCAAGACACACAUUUGACUUCAAGUGUUGUUGGAAGUGCGAGACGUGCAGUAAAUUACAGAUCGUCGUGAACAAUAGUUGUAAGGAUGGUCCAGAAGGUUGGGUACCAAACUCCAACAAAACCGGCUGGGUAAAGCGGAAACAGAUCUAUCAAAAUUUGAGUGAUGAAUGGUCCAUAGCAAUGAUAUCCCUCUCCGUUAUUGCACUGUUGCUAACAUUGGGUGUUAUCAUAAUGUAUAUCGUGCACAAAGAUAAUCGUUUGCUGAAAGCGACCGGAAGAGAACUUUGCUUUGUCAUGCUGGCUGGAAUCGCAAUGUGUUUCCUAGUACCCGUUCUGUUUAUCGCGAAGCCAGCAGAUUCUGUUUGCUACACACGUAACGUGUUCACUGGCCUAGCACUCGCCAUGUGUUACGCGCCGUUAUUCAUGAAAGUCAACAGAAUAUAUCGCAUUUUCACGAGCGGGAAAUCAAAGAUCGCGCGCCCGGCAUUGGUGACGCCCGGUAUGCAAAUUUUGAUCACUUUUGGUCUUGUCACGGUGCAGCUGCUGUUCACGGCGUUGUGGAUGACGGCCAAACCAGUGAAGGCUGAAGAGAUCUACUAUAGCGAUAGCAGCGAGCUUGUGUUGGAGUGCACUGAUGAUGCGUUCGGCUUCGCCGGAAACUUAUCUUUCGUGAUGAUCCUAAUGCUCCUGUGUACGGUUUAUGCCUUCAAGACCAGAGAUUUUCCAGAGAAUUUCAAUGAAUCCAAGUACAUCGGCGUUACGAUGUACGUGACAUGCGCAGUGUGGGUGAUCUUCUUUCCAUUCCUUUUCAACACGAGUCACCGCGACAUUCACGCGACUCUGAUUUCGGGGGUCUACGUCAUCGUUGGUUUGGUGACGUUGUUUGGUCUCUUUGGCCAGAAGGUUUAUGUCGUGUUUCGAGGUCAGGAUUUGCGCAAUGAAGAUCGCGCGAUGUCGACACGGUCUGGGCAUAAAAACGCGCCCAAUCAAUCAGAAAACAGUAAGACAUCGAAUGCAUAGGAAACCGAAUUCUAUCUGUAUAACUGGAAUUGUUCACUGAACUAUGUUUGCAUAACUAGAGUUGUUACUCUACAUAUAUAAUUAACAGUAUUAGAUUAAGGAUUAAAGUUAAGAAUCUCAGAUUAAGGAUCUUAAGAUGCACAAAUUUGAAAUAGCUUUUCUAGGGGUUGUUAGUAUAGUUUUAAAGUAAAAUGCUUUCUGUUUUUUGAGAUAUCAUACUUAAUAAACAUUCAU